UUUUUGAACGCUUUUAUGUGACUUUUUUGAGGCUUCAAAGGUCGAAUUUUGUUUUUGGAAUUCUUUGGCACGAUCUUGGUUGCUGUGCUUACCUUUCCCUGUUUUGCUCCUUGGAUUCGUUGGUAGAAUAUAAUCUAUCUGUGUAGAAAAGUAGGUAGCUUUAUUGGACUGUGCAAAUAUCUUUGCAUUAGUGUGAAAGGGUUUGCUUCUUAUUAAGUUUGGAGGAGCUUACUGGAAAAGUGCUUUUCUGGGGUUUCUGGCUUGUUUUGGUUUAUGUGACGGAUUUCAAGGUUAACUUCCUAGGUGUUUAUUAGCAUGGAUUCUCCUCAAUCUGUUGUGUCUCCAUUCAAAAGCUCUGUUGCCGAGCCUGAGAAGCAGUUCAUUUGUACCAAUGGGCCUGUAUCCAAUGGAACUGAUGCCAAUAUAGAUAGUAACUCAGAGAACUUCAUUGGUGUUCUCGAGGUUUACGUUCAUCAGGCUAGGGACAUCCAGAACAUCUGCAUAUACCACAAGCAAGAUGUCUAUGCUAAGCUAUGCCUGACGAGUGAUCCUGAAAAAACAGUCUCCACCAAGACCAUUAAUGGUGGUGGUAGAAAUCCAGUCUUCAAUGACAAUGUCCAGCUCAAUGUUCGGACUGUUGAUUCCUCCCUCAAAUGCGAGAUUUGGAUGCUGAGCAGGGUCAAGAAUUAUCUUGAAGAUCAGUUGCUGGGGUUUUCUUUGGUGCCUUUGUCAGGGGUCCUCGUUAAGAAUGGGAAGUUAGAGAAAGAGUUCUCUCUUUCUUCAAAUGAUCUGUUUCAUUCCCCAUCAGGGUUUGUCCAGUUGUCCCUCUCAUACACUGGAGAUCUGCCAGAAGUAAUGUCCCUGGCCUCAAAUCCUAUUGUGCAGGACUCGGAGAUAGCUGAGUCAUGUGAAUUAGAUAGGUUAGAGUUCCCAGAUCCGAACAUUGACAAUGAAGACCAGAGGAUGGUUUCAGAGUACAUUAAGAUCCCAUCUUCUGAGUUUGAGUCUCAAAGCUCUGACAGCUUUGUCACGGCUGACACUGAAACUCAGCCUAGUUACAAAGUGGGUGUUCAUGCUGUAGAAAGCUUGUCGACUGCUACUAUUGAGUCUGCUCAUGUUCGGAAGCUUGAUUCUCCCCCAAGCAGUGUGUCAACUAAUGGUGUAUCAUCUGCGUCGGGUCAUACAAGCUCAGAGUCAUAUGAUGCUCCAUCAGCUUUGAAAUCUCCAAAUCAAGAACAAGUUUCAGCUUCGGAAGAGAAGAAAGUGGAUAAAGAUGGUGAGAUUAAUUCGUCUGAUGCGGUGCCGAGUGAUACAUUUGAGAAGCCUACUGUCACAGUCACCGUUCCAGAGCAUACGGCGGUGCAGCAGGAUUUUGUAGACAUGUACAUGAAAAGCAUGCAGCAAUUCACUGAAUCGUUGGCGAAAAUGAAGCUUCCUUUGGACCUUGAAUCACCAACCAGUUCAGGAAACUCGAGCACUGAUCAGAAAAUAGAGACACCAAAGAGCAGUGGUUCCCGUGUGUUUUACGGUAGUAGGGCGUUCUUCUGAUCUUCCGUUUCACUUGUUCGGAGGGAAAAAAAACAGGUGACUCUAGAUUUUAGAUUCCUCGUACUUAUGUAUAAUAAUGCUCUAUGUAUUGUGUUGUUUCCCUUUGUAUGUUGAGUUGCUUUAGAUGACACGAGAAUCUUGACGUACCGGUUACAAGCUUUUGUUCUAUCACCAACCUUGUAUUAGUAACUUCUGUUACAUCUUUCCUCUUUGUAUCUACUUUUAAUUUUACCUUAAUUAUUGUGAUAUCGAAUUCCGUCUAA